AUGGGGUGGUACGACGGCAAUAGCGGGAAGACCAGAAUCAGCGGAUUGCCAAGUUGGGUGCUAACGCCUGCCGAGGAGAAACAGGUUUUAGAGGAAUACCAAAAGGAGGUUUGGAGGAAAUGCGACGAGUAUGUGAAGGAGUUUCAGAAAUGUGAAGCCAGUGCUGGGUUUGGAGUAUGGUUCAAAUGUAAGGAGGAAGGUAAGGCGAUGAAGGCGUGUGUGGAGCACCACCACCAGUACGAGUAUGUGGAUGAGAUCCGGGACGCCUUUAUCAAGAAGAAGAUGAAGAGGGCCCAAGAGGUAGCCCAGAGUGAGGACAAGUGA